AUGGCCACACCAGGGUCCUUCAGCGACGCCGGGUUCAUGACCUCAGACGGGCCCGGGUCCCGCACACCCCGCGCAGGACGACUACCCGGCCGCGGGCCCGCAGUACCUCCCUCCGAGAGCCUGGGCGCGCUAAGCGACGGCGAGGGCGAAGGCGGGGAAGGGUUCGCAGACGACCAGGUGCCGGUGCGGGCGCGGCCGACAGACCCGGCGAAUAUCCCGCGCGUGGAAGACAAGAUCGGGUUGAUCAUCCAGGAGUCGUUUGAGUCGUUUAUCGAGGGGUAUGUUGAGACGCCGCGGGGUUCGGGGGCCGGGGGCCCAGGGGGUUCCCAGGCACCGCCGCCAACGUCGAGUGCCGCGACGACGGAUAAGUACUAUGUUGCCCAGAUCCAUGGGCUGCGGACGUACCAGCUGUCGACGUUUUAUGUGGAUUAUAAGCACCUGGAGAACUGGCACAACGGGGCGCUGGCUACGGGGAUUAUGGAGUCGUAUUAUCGGUUCUUGCCGUUUUUAACGGCCGCGCUGCAUAAUAUGAUUGCCAAGUAUGAACCGCAGUAUUUCCGGGAGCACCGGCAGCCGACGGCGUCGAGCCAGCAACAGCACAGUUCCGGGGGCAGUACAUUUGGAUCAGGUACUGGAGGAACGAGCCAAGGCGACCUGAGCAGCAAGACGGCACACCAGCAAACGGACAAGCUGUUCUCGAUCGCCUUCUACCAUCUGCCGCUGGUCUCGCGCGUGCGGGCGCUGCGGGCGCGCAACAUCGGCCAGCUGCUGGCGAUCAGCGGCACGGUGACGCGGACGUCCGAGGUGCGUCCCGAGCUGGCGCUGGCCACGUUCGAGUGUCUGGCGUGCCGCAGCGUGGUGCCCGAUGUUGAGCAGACGUUCCGCUACACGGAGCCGACGCAGUGUCCCAACGCGACGUGCCUGAACCGCACCGCCUGGCAGCUCAAGAUCCCGCAGAGCACGUUUGUCGAUUGGCAAAAGGUGCGCGUGCAGGAGAACAGCAGCGAGAUCCCCACGGGUAGCAUGCCCCGCACUAUGGACAUCAUCCUGCGUGGUGAGAUGGUUGACCGCGCCAAGGCCGGUGAGAAGUGCGUCUUCACCGGCGCGUUGAUUGUCGUGCCCGACGUGAGCCAGAUGGGGCUGCCUGGGUUGAAGCGGGUGGCCGUGCGGGAUGACCGUGGUGCGGAUGCGGGCGGUAGUGGUGUGGGCGGGCUGAAGGCGCUGGGUGUGCGCGACCUGACUUACCGGCUGGCCUUUCUUGCGUGCAUGGUCAGCGCGGACGUGUCGUCGAUCGGGGCGUCGGGCGAGGCGCAGAUCGUCGACGUGGUGGGUGCCAUGACGGGCAGUAGCAACCUCGAGACGGCCGAGACGGUCAAGGAGUUGCAGGAGGCUGUGCUGGCGUCGUAUACCCAAGAAGAGAUCGAGGACUUGCGCGCGAUGGUGCACAGCGACCACAUCUACGGCCGGUUGGUGCAGUCACUCGCGCCCAUGGUGUACGGCCAUGAGAUCGUCAAGAAGGGCGUGCUGCUGCAGCUGCUGUCCGGUGUGAGCAAGUCGACCCCUGAAGGCAUGCAGCUGCGUGGCGAUAUCAACAUCUGCAUCGUCGGCGACCCGUCGACGUCCAAGUCGCAGUUUCUCAAGUACGUGUGCAGCUUUGCGCCCCGCGCUGUGUACACCUCCGGGAAAGCAUCGUCCGCGGCCGGUCUCACGGCGGCCGUGGUCAAGGACGAAGAGACGGGCGAGUUCACCAUCGAGGCUGGUGCGCUGAUGCUGGCCGACAACGGCGUGUGCUGCAUCGACGAGUUCGACAAGAUGGACAUCGCGGACCAGGUCGCCAUCCACGAAGCCAUGGAACAGCAGACCAUCUCGAUCGCCAAAGCCGGCAUCCAGGCCACCCUCAACGCCCGCACUUCCAUCCUGGCCGCGGCCAACCCCGUCGGCGGCCGCUACAACCGCAAGACCACUCUGCGCGCCAACAUCAACAUGUCGGCCCCUAUCAUGUCCCGUUUCGACCUCUUCUUCGUCAUCCUCGACGAGUGCAACGAAAAAGUUGACCGCCACCUGGCUGAGCACAUCGUCGGUAUCCACGCGCGCCGCGAUGCCGCCGUUACCCCGGAGUUCUCGACGGAACAAAUCCAGCGCUACAUCCGCUUCGCCCGCACGUUCCGCCCGGAAUUCACUGACGAAGCCAAGGAGGUCCUGGUGCAGCGGUACAAGGACCUACGCGCCGACGACGCCCAGGGUGGCGUGGGCCGCAACAGCUACCGCAUCACGGUGCGGCAGCUGGAAAGCAUGAUCCGGUUGUCCGAGGCGAUCGCCAAGGCCAACUGUGUCGAGGACAUCACGCCCGAGUUCGUCAACGAGGCGUUCCACCUGCUGCGACAGAGUAUCAUCUCGGUCGAGCACGACGAUGUCGAGAUGGACGACGACGAGGAUGUCGUCCAGGAGGAUAUCGACACCCCCAUGGACGACGGCGAGACCCUCCGUCGCGCGGCCUCCGCAGCCGCAGGCACACCCCAAGGAGAUGACGAGGCCAUGGACGAGGACACCGCCCGCGACCCAUCAGCAGCACCCUCAGCAGCAGCUCCCAAACAAACAAUUGCCUACGACAAAUACAUCACCAUCGUCAACCUGCUCGCGUCCAAGGUUGCCGAGGACGAAACUUCGGGCGCUGGCGAGGGCUUGUCCGGCGAUGCGCUGGUGGACUGGUAUCUCGAGCAGAAGGAGGACGAGUUGGAUGGUGAGGCGGCGUACCAUGCUGAGCGGGAGCUGGCGGGUAAGGUUAUUCGCAAGAUGGUCAAGGACAACAUCCUCAUGGCGAUUCGCGGCCAAGGCAUGACGGAUGCCGAUGCCGACACGGACGGGGAGAAUGCCAACGGCGAGGGCAGCGCCUCGGCACAGGCUGGGGAGAUUGUCUAUGUGCUCCAUCCGAACUGUGCCGUGGAGGAAGUCUGA